UGUACAGCAAGUCAUGGUUCGAUGUGAUGAUAUGUCGUGUUGAAUAGAAAAUACGGCGAAUAUCAUAAAUUGAAAAUGGCGGAAUCAAGUGGCAGUUCUGAGGACACGUCGAGGAUGGUUCCUCGGGGGAAGGUGUCGUUCAACGAGACAGUCCAAGAACGUCCUAUUUCGUCAAGAGGAGAACGAUUUGAGAAUGCGGUUGAAGAAAAGAAAAAAACAGAAAACAAGUUGGAAGCCCCAACUGUUGGUGACAAUGGAAGAUCACCUAAGAGUAUGUACCUAUUGAGGUCAUUGGCAAACUCUCUCGGGUUCGACAACUUGUACACGCCGCCAGAGAAACACCUGGAAACUGUAGACAUGGCGGGUGUGGUCAAAUACAUCAAAGAUGGCGGCUGUAAGAAUAUCGUCUGCAUGUGUGGCGCUGGCAUCUCCACGUCUGCGGGCAUACCCGACUACAGAAGUCCAGGCACUGGUAUGUUGGACAUCAUGAAGCCAGAAGUGGCGAAGUUUGGAUUACCGGAUGCGAAGGCGGUUUACACCUACGAAUUCUUUAAGGACAACCCUGAACCUUACUAUUACUUCGCCAGUCAAAGGUUCCCAUCAACUGAGCGAGCAAAGCCCACCGCCGCCCACUACUUCAUCAGACUGAUGGGCGAGAAAGGUUUAUUGCUGAGGAACUUUACUCAGAAUAUUGACAACCUUGAGCGACUUGCUGGCCAGUCUCCUGAGAAACUCGUCCAAGUUCACGGCAACUACCAUAACUGUUACUGCCAGAAGUGUUAUGAGGAGUACACAUGGAACUGGUGCCUUGAGGCUGUCAAAAAGGACAAAAUUCCCAAAUGUGUUCAGAAUGGUUGUGAUGGGAUCAUAAGACCAGAUAUAGUCAUGUUCGGCGAAAACCUUCCAUUCCCUUUUUUCGAUAAAGCAAGUGAGGAUUGUCCAGCCUGUGACCUGCUGAUUAUUCUCGGCACAUCAUUAGCAGUGGCGCCAUUUAACAGAUUGGUUUCAAAUGUCCCAGAAACGACACCAAGAUUAAUGAUUAACAAGGAGAAAGAGGGAACGGGUGAUGCAUUUUUUGCUUUGAUGGGAUUUGGGUCCGGCUUACAGUUUGAUUCAAAAGACAACUACAGGGAUGUGUUCAUGCAAGGUUCCUGCGACGAUGGGUGCUAUUCUUUGGCUGAUGCCCUUGGCUGGGGCGAGGAGCUCCGGGAACUCAUCAAGACGGAGCACGCUCGCGUGGAUGCCUUCGCAGCUGAGAAGGCCGCGGCAAAACACAGGCCAAAAUCAGAAGCUGCCCCUUCAGAUCAACGACCGAAGCUCAAGGGCCCUUCGCCACAGAGUGGCGACACCAAGGCUGCUUCUUCAACUGGCUCGAAGAAGGAAUCGUCAUGUCUGACAAAAGAUAAAACUCCGACGAAGUCUCCUCUCCCGGCGAAAACACAACAACGGAGAAACUCAACAUCAAGGGUGGGUGGUGGUUACAAAGCAUCUACUGCUUCGUCAGCACCAAGGAGAAAUUCGACACAAGCAACACCUAAAAAAUGACAGGAUGACAGGAAACCCACAAAUAUGGUUUAUUCAAUGUGAUAUGCAUUUGGCACCAAAUAUUGUAUUCAAGGUUACUGCUUGAUACUACACAUUCUCCUCGUGACUAAAAGCCGAGUCACACGUGUUUGUAUUGUUUACUUCAGUUUUUGCUUCUUUCUAAUAUCAUUCAUGUUAGCCCUUUUCAUCAUCAAUGAAUAAUUACACAGAGAAAGAAAUGUAAACAAUUGGUAUGAUUGACAAAGAUCAUUUGAGGGCAGAUUUUACACAAUGCUUGUUUUACGGCGUAGCGGAAGAACAUCAACAGCCUCCAUGAUCGGUCCACGGGCCUUCAGCUUGUAGACCUUCUUCCCGUGACUGGUACACGUGCCCCA